AUGGAAGCCAUUCGCGUCCACCCAGCACCACCCUCAGAGGAACCAUACUCCCCAACCAACCCCGCCCCAUCAUCAGCCCUACACAAAGACAAAAUCCCCAUUCCAACUCCAACAGCCGCAAACCAGCUCCUCGUCCGCAUAAAAGCAACAACCAUAAUCCGCGACAUGCUCACAUGGCCAGAGACAUACCACGGUCCCUACGCAAUCCCGGGCCACGACUUCUCCGGCACAGUGGAAUCCACAUCCCCAACCUCCCCAUUCAAACCCGGCGACGCCAUAUUCGGCAUGGCGCACGCAGAUCGCGCCUCAACAUGGGCCGAGUACGCCCUCGUCCUAACCAGCGAAGUAGCCCCCAAACCCCCGAAUCUCGGGUGGGAAGAAGCAGCCGCCCUACCGCUGAGCGCGCAGACGGCGUACGAGGCGCUUUUUGUGCAUGCGGGCCUGGCGCUUCCGCUUGCUUUGGGAGCUGCGGAAGCGGAGCCAGAGAAGGAGGACCAGGAGGAUGGUCGCGGUGCUGAGAAGUUGGAAAAGAGGGUUUUGAUCACUGGUGCUGCGGGUGGGGUGGGGAUUUAUCUUGUUCAGCUUGCUGCGCGGGCUGGUGUGCAUGUUGUUGCGGCUAGUGGGUCGGUUCGACGGAAUGGGGAGUUUUUGAAAUCGUUGGGGGCGGAUGAGGUCGUUGAGUAUGCGGGUUUGGGAGAGAUUGGAGAGAAGCGGUUUGAUGUUAUUGUUGAUUGUGUUGGUGGGGAUUUGCUUGCAAGUUGUUGGGGGUUUGUGAAGGAUGAGGGGACUUUGAUUUCGGUUGAUUCGGCGAGUUUUGAUUUCGUCGCUGUGCAUGAGGAGUUGGGGUUGAAGAAGGAUGGAGUGAAAGCGUUGUUUUUUAUUAUUCAGGGGAGUGGUGAGACUUUGCGUGUGCUGGGCGAUUUGGCUGCGAGAGGAGAGUUGCGGUCGUUUGUUGCUGCCAGUUUUGGGAUUGAUCGGGUUAGGGAGGCGUAUGAUUAUGCCAAUGGGAGGUUUGAGGGUCGAGGGAAGGUUGUGCUCACUGUUUGA